GUCUGGAGACAUUGGCAAUCUUGAGGUGUGUACAGAAGAAAGCCUUGAGGAAUGCAUGGUGUGUUCAGACACAAAAAGAGACACACUGUUUGGUCCCUGUGGCCACAUAGCUACGUGUUCUAUAUGUUCACCACGUGUCAAAAAGUGUCUUAUGUGUAAAGAACCUGUACAGUCAAGAACAAAGAUUGAAGAGUGUGUGGUUUGUUCAGACAAGCAAGCGACAGUUCUAUUUCAACCUUGUGGUCAUAUGUGUGCCUGUGACAAUUGUGCCUCAUUGAUGAAGAAGUGUGUACAGUGCCGUGGAGUCAUUGAAAAACAGAUCCCAUAUAUUGUCUGCUGUGGGGGCCAAGCUCCCGCAUCAAUUCUUCCUGGUGGUGCCAACAAUAGUAGUGCUGGUAGUAGCAUAGGUGGCAGUGGUGCAGGCAGUAGUGGUGGCAGCAAUAAUGCUGGCAGUGUAGUUUCGGCAGCAGCAGCAGCAGGAGUGGUCGUUCCAGGACCUACCGGACAGCUUAUGAAUAAUGGGUCAAGGGAUAUGUCUUCUGCUGAUCUUCAAAAACUACAGCAACAGUUACACGAUAUCAAAGAGCAGACUAUGUGUCCAGUUUGUCUUGACCGCCUAAAGAAUAUGAUUUUCUUGUGUGGGCAUGGAACUUGCCAGAUGUGCGGUGACCGAAUGCAUGAGUGCCCCAUUUGCCGGAAGCCUGUAGAGAAGCGGAUUCUUGUCUUUUGAAGUUGACAAGUUAAUUUUUGGGGGAGGGGGUGGAGGAGGCCUUCCAAGAUAUUCACUCCUGAUUGUCAAUGUCUUAUUUUGUAACUGAAUUCCUAUUUUAAAGGGGGGAGGGGGAGUCUAUUUUUUAUGUUACUUGAUAUUACUUUUUUCUUUUAUUUACUUUUCUUUAUGAGAAGCUUUGGAUGUCAGACACUUGGCUUGAACACGUAUACAGUAUUCAAAUAGACUCUUUAGUUAUACUCAAGUUCAUCAUCCAGUUUCUUGAGACUAUGCCAGUUCAGAAAUCUUUUGGCAACUGCUAACCCAUGGAAUGCAAAGCAUAAUUGAAGCUGUUAUAUUAUAUUUUCUCCUUUUCUUUUCUUUUCUUUUUUUCUGUUAUAAGUGAUGGCCUGAACAUACAUCUUCAAAACAAAAACAAAAAUUAUGAUAAUUUUUUUUAUGAUAAUUGCACCCAACAGGAUUGGGUCAGAAUAGUCAUUUGUACACUCCAUGGGUUAAUGGGCAUACACAAGUACAUUUAUUUGCAUACAGCAUAUAGUUAAGUUAUCAGCUAUACUUUAAGAGAUAUCAUAGGGUGCAAAUGUGUGCAUAUGCACAUAGAAAUGCAUUCCCCCAUGCAUAAGUUUUUUGCCUUUACUUACUCGCACACACAUGCGCACGCGCACACACACUCACACUCACACUCACACUCACUCACACUCACACUCACUCAUUCAUUCACUCACUCACUCACUCACUCACUCACUCAC